GGGCAACAUGGCGGCUCCCAUGGCCGCGGCCGCCGCCCGGGCCGUGCUCUGGGCUGCCGGUGCCGCCGCGGCGAGGCCGCUCCGGCUGGGAGCAGCUCGCCUUACAGGGAGCUGUUGGAAUGGGAGAAGCUUGGCGCUGGGCAGGAUCCUGGGGAUUCCCAGCCGCAGAAGCGGGAGCAGCUCGGCUCUGGGCAGCCUCCUGGGCAUCCCCGCCGAGGCCCCGCCUGCCCCUCUGGGCCAGCACCCGCCGCCCGUGGCCACCGACAAAGAGGAGCAGAAGCGCCUGUUGGAGAAUCGGCCCGAUCAGCCCCAGAACCCCAAGGUGCUGAGAAUCGCCAUCAUCGGUGCUCCCAACGCCGGGAAAUCCACGCUCUCCAACCAGCUCCUGGGCAGGAAGGUUUUCCCAGUCUCCAAGAAGGUCCACACCACCCGCUGCAAGGCCCGGGGUGUCAUCACACACCAGGACACACAGCUGAUUAUUCUGGACACACCUGGCCUCACUAGUCCCUUAAAAGCCAAAAGGCAUAAUUUAGAUGAAGCCAUGCUGACAGACCCGUGGGACAGCAUGAAACACGCAGAUUUAGUCUUGGUUCUGGUGGACGUGUCAGACCACUGGACACGGAACUCUCUGAGCAAGGAGGUGCUCAAGUGCCUGUCUCAGUUCCCCCACAUCCCCAGUGUCCUGGUCCUGAACAAGGUGGAUAUAUUAAAGAAGAAGUUUCUCCUGCUGGAAAUAGCAACUGACCUGACAGAGGGAAUUGUGAAUGGAAAGAAACUGGAAGUGAAAUCUACACUUAAACAGGAUUCCAGGAUUCAUAUCACUCGGGCUUCUCCAACUGAAAGCAAGGUCCCAAGGUCUGCCUUUGGGCAGGAAAAGAAUCAGGCCCAGGAGGGCUCUGGUUUGGACAGGAGCAGUGAUGUUGGGGCUGCUGGCACAGGGGAAGCCCAAAGGCCAGAACACCAUGGACCUGAGGAUCUAAAACAUAAAAAAGGCUGGCCACACUUCCAAGAGAUCUUCAUGCUGGCAGCUCUCCGUGGGGAGGAGGUGGACACACUCAAGAGGUACCUCCUGAUGCAAGCCAAGCCAGGCCCCUGGGAAUUCCACAGCGACGUCCUGACCAGCCAGUCACCUCAAGAGGUCUGUGAUAAUAUCAUCAGGGAGAAGAUCCUGGAGUACCUGCCCCUGGAAGUGCCUUAUGGAGUGACUCAGGUGACAGAGAUGUGGGAGGAAGGAGAAUGUGGGGAGCUCCUCAUCGUGCAGAGCCUCCUGGUGCCAAGGGAGUCCCAUAAAAGGAUGUUGAUUGGAAGAGGAGGAAAGGUCAUCAGCAGGAUUGCUCAGGAGGCUGGCCAGGACCUGAUGAACGCUUUCCUGUGUGACGUCCGCCUGAAGCUCAAGGUGGAGGUGAAGGGUUGAGCACUUGGUGUGUUUUAACAGCCCUUGAACUCUGAUCAUGUGGAGAACCAGUUCUGGGGGUAUCUUGGCACCUUUUUUCAAUUCAGAAAUGGAGGAUGAUGGAAUGACUCCAGCUGUAACAGAGAGCACCUGGCACAGGUGAGGCUGGAGGAGCAGGGCUGGCUCUGCAGAGCCCUUGGCAUGGUGGAGCCUGGCACCCCACGUGUGCCUGGACUGGUGUUUGGGGCUUGUUUAGUCUCUUUUGUCAGGUGUUUGGAGAACUGGGUACCUUCCUGCCAGAAAUCCAGGUAAAUCUCCAUGUGCAGUUCUAAAUUAACAUCCCCUGAGGGAAGAAAACCCCAGCAGUGAAGAGAUUGGGAAAGGUCUGGAACCCAAACCUGCUCAGCCCCUUCUCCCUGUCUGCACUGUGAAAGAGACGUUUUACCCUUCUGCUGAAGAAUUCUAGCUGAAAACUGGGUUGGGAAAUCUCCAUGGAGUGUCCUUCCUUGUUUUCCAGGAGGAGGGGCUGCUGUGGUCCCUUGAAUGCUGCUGUCCAACUUUUGUAUUUCCCUUGAAAUAAAAUGAGGUCCCAGCACAAGUGA